AUGGACCAACCUGACGGUUUUGAAGAUGAAGGAAGCCCGAAAAAGAAGUGUUUGCUGCAGAAGGUGCUAUACGGGACGAAGCAAGCGGCGCGGCAGUGGAACAACAAGUUGAGUCAGCAAUUGGAUGAUCAAGAGUUCAAGAGCAGUGCAGCGGACCCGUGUGUGUUCGUUCGAGUGACAAGAGAGGAGUACAUCAUCAUCGUGAUCUACGUGGACGACUUGACGAUUUCCUGCAAGACGAAGGAGCACAUCGCAAGUAUCAAGAACUCAUUGAUGGAAGACUUCAGCAUUAAAGAUCUUGGAGAUCUCAAGUACUGCCUCAGGAUCGAGAUUCAUCGCAAGCGCGAAGAUGGAACGAUCAAGAUGAACCAGAAGGCGUACAUCAAGCGACUUUCGGAGAAGUUUGGCGUUGAAAACUGCAAGGACGUGCACACGCCGGCGGACAGUAACUCGAAGCUGAUCAAGAUGGGUCAAGAGGAAGCGUUUGUACCAAAGUACCCAUACCGUGAGCUGGUGGGCGCUUUAAUGUACAUCGCCACAUGUACACGACCGGACAUUGCGCAUGCGGUCGGCGAAGUUGCGAAGUUUUGCGAGCGCUACGACAAGUCGCAUUGGACAGCAGCAAAGCGGAUUCUCAAGUAUCUCAAGACGACUCAAGACUUAAGCAUCGUGUUCAGCGGCAUCAACAAGGGAGAGCUGAUCGGAUUCGCGGAUGCCAACUGGGCUGGCGACCUCGACACGUGGCGUUCGACAACAAGAUACGAUUUCUUCCUGAACGGAAGCGUGACAUCGUGGAAUUUGAAGCGUCAACCAACGGUCGCGACCUCACGUACUGAAGCAGAGUACAUGAGUCUGUACAGCGCGACGCAGGAAGCAGUUUGGCUUCGAGGUCUGCUCAAGGACCUGAACUACUGUGCCAAGAACACGACGACGAUUUUUCAAGACAAUCAAGGUUGCAUCGCGUUGGCCAAGAAUCCUGUGUACCACUCGCGCACGAAGCACAUCGACAUCAAAUUUCACUUUUUGCGUGAAAAGGUUGCAAGUGCAGUGAUCGUGCUAGAGUUCAAGCCAACAGAAGAAAUGGUCGCGGAUAGAUUUACCAAGGCACUUCCAAGAGACAAGCACAGCAAGUUCAUCACGGGUCUGUGUAUGGCGGUGUAG